AUGAUACUAAUAAUCGCAAUUUUGAAAAUAACUGUAAUCACUUUGUUGAUAUCUACUGCAUCUAAUGCUGUUGAUACUAAUUCUGUACGUCAAUUUCUUAUGAAGCAAAAAACCAGUGUGAAACCUACACCGAUUGUAAUGUGGCACGGCAUGGGGGAUAGUUGCUGCAACCCAUUAAGUCUGGGUUGGAUUAAGAAUUUACUGGAGGAAAAUAUCCCGCAAGUUUAUAUUUAUUCCGUAAUGAUCGGACCAAAUGUUAUUGCAGACACAGAGCAUGGAUUCUUCGGUAAUGCAAACGAUCAGGUUGCAUAUGUAUGUGAAACAAUACAGAAGGAUGGGAAUUUGAAGGACGGAUAUAAUUCAAUAGGAUUUUCCCAAGGCGCACAAUUUUUGCGCGCAUUAGCAGAACGUUGUCCAAAUCCACCUAUGAAAAACUUAAUCUCAUUAGGAGGUCAACAUCAGGGAGUAUUUGGAUUACCACUCUGCCCUGUUGAAAGUUACAUUUGUGAUCGUAUACGUCACCUUCUGGAGUUAGGUGCAUACUCGAGAUUUGUCCAGAAUACACUUGUCCAAGCGCAAUAUUGGCAUGACCCGUUGGAUGAAGCAACUUAUCGAGAGAAUAGCAUUUUUCUUGCAGAUAUCAACAACGAAAAAGAACUGAACGAAGAAUACAGAAAAAACUUGCUAAAGUUACAGAAUUUGGUAUUAGUGAAAUUUUUGAAUGAUACAAUGGUAACGCCCAAAGAAUCUGAGACUUUUGUCCUCAAGUAUGAUAUCAGUUGCACGCAAAAUGUAUAG